GUUCGACAAGGCGGCGCACUGCACAACCUACCCAUCCUCCCACCACUCCCAUCUGUUCUCACUGCACUGGAGAAGAGGUUCCCACACCACCUCCCACGUCUAGCUCAUCAUUCUGAGACUCCUUUGACAAAUCUGAUUGGCGCAGUAGGGCGGUGCUCUUUAAAAGAACCCUCCCAUCUAGAGCUGGGUCUCUGUGCCACUGUAGUAAGCAGAGCGUCAUUGAAGGAACAAAACUUAGAGCAGUGGAGGGCCACCAAAGAGCAUAAUGAUCUCAGGAUGCAAAGCAGAAAUAAUAAGAAUCCAGAAGAGUCCACAGCGGAGAAGGAGGAAAAUAAGGUGAAACGUGUAGAGUAUGAUAAACUAAAAUCUAAAGAGGUGACUGGUAGUGCUCAGGGAGAAAAGCAUGACAAAAGCAAUAGCUAUCAAUGUGAGAAGAAUUAUGGUGUGGUCAAAGUAGAGCAUGUCAUAACAAAACAGGUAGAAUCAAGAGACAUUGCACAAGUAGAUAUCCAAGACAGUGUGAAUCAGGAGUACUUGUUAGCGUUAGAAGUAAAGGGGAACAAGGCAGAAGAAAGCACAAGCAAGGUGAUGCCUUCACAAGAGCAACCCAAACCAAAAGAAGAUAAGGUUGGCGGUAAACCAGAAGUCAGAAUAGAUGUAGAAGGAGAAUGGAUGGAAGAGAGGGAUGUUGGCGGGAUGGCCGGGGAGGUGGAGAGCUGGGAUGUGGUGCUGAAGAUGGUCAACACCAUUUGGGAGGAUGGCUGGGCCGGAGGCAGAGCUGCAGGGCCAGUGGAGGAAGGCGACACCGGCUCCAUAUCCGGUUCCUUGCAGCGUUGGCCUCUUCUCAGACCCCCUGCAGGCUUUGGGGGCUCCCACCCAUCGUCCUCGGCUGCUUCAGAGCUCAGCUUGACCGAGCUGGAAAGGAGGGCCAGGGAGCUGGACUCAGACCUCGAGCAUCUCGACCUGUCCCUGCCCCACAGGGAAGCAUACGGUCUGAUGCUUCCCAAGCCGCAGAAGGAAAGGACUGACAUGUACCAAACGCACCCGGGGCCCCAAAGAGAGAAAGGUGCUUUUCUCACAGGUCUAGGGAGCAGGUCUCAGGUCCGUCUAGAGAUGGUUCCUACCAUUACAGAGAAGGUCAUUACGGACGUUGACACCAACUGGUCAGAAAAGUCUGAUGCUGGGGCACCUACCAUAGGCAUCAGCUCCACUAAAGAGGACAGCUCUCCAGACUCAAACCUUACCUUAGAGUCGGAUUCCAGCGGCGUCUUCCUUUCCAUGUCCAACCAGAGCCAAGACGAGAUGGGCUCUGACAGCGAUCAGCCAAUGAGUGGUUCCGACUUGGGCAGCAGCAGCACAUCAUUCGACAGAGAUGGGGAAGAGGCGGGUGCAAAAGAGUGGGGACGUGAGGAGAGUGCUGAGCUGGACUGGUGCUACCCUUCACUCCUCGACCCCUCUUCACAUGAACAUACAGCAGAGGAAGGAAAUGGAGAUGAAAACAAAAACCCAGGAGAUACAAAAAAAGAGACUGUAUCCAUUAAGACCUCAGUUCAGAUGUUCAGUUCAGUUUCGCUCCCAACAUCCCCUUCCAAACAAUUAAUCAAACAAUUCCUCAAUCCCAAUCUACCUAUGAGAAGCUCGGGAUUAGAUUGUGGUGACUUGGAUCCCUUUAUCCAAUCAGAUAGCUUUGUUUACCUUGCAGUGUCCACAAGCUCCAGCCCCCAGGCUGAGAAAACCGAAGCCAUAGACAAACCCCCCCAUGGGGCCAUCCAAGUCAUCUCAAACCAGGGACCCAGCUUGCCCCGAGCUCACGAGGACUCCUCCCCCGCACAGAAGGCUGUCGUCAAGGUGACUCAUCUUGUGCCCCAGCGUCCAGAGGGAGAAGACUUCCUGUCCACGGAUAGUUUUGUUUACCUCGCUGCUCCAGCAUGUCUCUUACUGGGCCCAGAAGGAACUGCACCCUACGGUACAAGGGACUCUGAUUCGGACAGCUCUGGAUCUGGCGCCGCUGACAUGUCGGUGCUGGGCUGCGGAUCCCUGGCCGGGGACAGCGACUGGGACUCGGACGCUUCGGACUCAUACCCCCAUCGCCCUUCUUCCAGAGUCCCCGGUGCCAGCGACAGGCCUCCGUCUGGCCCCGUCCAUCCGAAACGCCACCCCACCACUGAGCCCAGCUGGGACCUGUUCCAAGAUGUCACCGAGCCGGAAGUACUGCCUGAACUGCUCGACGAAGAAGGCCACGAAGAAAGCGACGAAGAAGGCGACGAAGAAGGCGACGAAGACGGUGCCACCAGCGGCAGCAACAACCUAAACAACAAUGUCACCACGGUUACAGUUGCGGCUACAACUAUGGUAAUAACCACCCCCGGGUUCGUCAACGAGGUGACUCCCGAGCCAGCAGACGAGAUGGCAAAAGCCGUUGCGACGUUGGAGCAGGCGUCCACCACCAAGAAGGUGACAUGGCAGUUCAAGCCGGCGCAGAGAUCUGUGUGCACAGGAAGCAGGAAAGAGAAAGAACCAUCAAGGUCGUCAUCACUGAGGUACGCCGACCAGGGACCGGAAGAGGCGCACUGUCCCUUACCAUCGUCGCCCUCUUCUUCCUCCUCACCAUCCUCAUCAUCGUCCUCUGGUUGAGGUGCAGUACAGACACAGUUUUCCUGGUCUUACUAUUGGAUCUCAGUGUGUGUAGCGGUACGGGUGUAGGAUAUCAGAAUACACACAGGCUUAAGACCCUUAUGUUGAGUUCAAAAUGUUCCAACUCGGGGAUUGACAUUUUAACUUGCAUUGCUGCAAUAAAAGAAAAGUUUCAUAUUUGAGUAUACAAAGGCACUAAAUAUAAAAAAAAAUGAAAUUUGCUGAAACAAAUGCACCAACAAUAAAUUAGCCAACUGAAUAAGGAUUUAGCAUUAUUUUUUGUAUAAAGAUGGGUUUCAGAUUAUUUAUAGUACUAUGGUUUACUGCACUUGGGAAUAUAGGGAGAAUAUUCUUCGAGGUUGCUGUAAGAAAUUAUUUCCUUUAGCAUCCAGGAAUAAUAAGUUAGUGGAAAAUAAAGGAAAGGUUUAUUUCACUAUUCAGCAAAGGCUUUUCGUUUUUUGUUGUUAUGGCUAAUGCUAACUGUAAAGCUGGGCAACGUAGAUGGUUUAUAUUUAUGGUUCAUGGUUAUGGUAUAUGGUUUGUAUCAAUGUAAAUACACAUACAUUUAUAUUGCUGCUGCUAAUUCUGUUUGUACCACUUGGACAAUGGAUAGUCUAGUUAAAUGCAGAAUGGGAUUCAAAUUUAAGUUAAUACUUGAGGGACGGACGUAUCUAACUGAUGAUUGAUUUGGCCCGAACGUCAUAAUAAUUUCAUCGACAAUGUUAACUUUAACAAAAAGGCUCCUUUUGUGGCAAAAAUAACAUAACAUUUUGUAUUUUGUAUCAUAUGAUCAGUUAUAUAUUAGCGAUUUUGAAUGUAUUACAUUUAUUAUACUCUAUCAGCUAAAUUCCACAUUUUAAAGAUCCCAUGGCAUGCUACUUUAUGAUUGCUUUUAUAUAGCUGUUAGUGGGGACCUAAUACAGUACUUUCAGCCUUGGGGCAGAAUUACAGCCACUGCGAGCCAGUCUUACAAUGAG